AUGAACGUUCUGUCAUUGAAGACUCUUAUUAACAAUCGAGUUGCUCGCAAUACCACUCCCGAUGGAUGGCCAUUCACAUCUCUUUCUUUCGAGUUGAGGAGCAUCAGAAACAUUUCCGAUCUUCUGAGAAGAGUCGCCAGUGGUAGAAGGAGGAUGUAUUGGGUCACUGUAGUUGUUUUAGGAGCUGUUGCGGGAGUAGUACUGGUUGUUGGCGUCGCACAAUCGUGGGAAAUCUGUCGACAAACGCGAACUGAAGGCGUGGAUCUUGAGAUUGGAAAGGGAAUUGACGCUGGCCGUGCUGAAAUUGCUCACAACGACAAGUGGAUUUUCGGUUCUGUCGUGACGAGAUUGUGCACAUCCUCAAGGCUAGGGCCUGAUGCAGUCACGGUGUGCAGAGGCUGGCCUCGGCCGUCGCCGGAGAGUAUGACUUUGGUUCAACCAAAACAGGGUAUCGGCAUCCAAGCUCUGACCCGGCCGACUGGAGCAGAAGCAAAAGCAAAAGCAAAAGCAGACGCAGAGGCAAAAGCAAAUGCAGAGAGCGAUGCCAAGGCGCAGGCAGAUGGACGGCUCGAGGAGUACAUGUCUGGCCUCCCAAGCCCCCCUCCUGUCCACCUCGCUCAGAAAAUUAACUUCCAGCGUGCCAGCCUCGUGCCGGUACCCCUCCGACCACGUCGAGUACAAGCAUCUACUACCUCUGACAAGACCUGCAAUAGCGAAUCUGUGGACUUCGCCAUCCGCCCAGUCGCGAAAGGGACAUACUCGUUGCAUCCCGUUCCCCUCAGACCACACCCUAUACCUGGAGACGUGCAAAAUCAGCCAAGUGAAGGAGCCGCAGCCGGUAUCCAGAACAAGCACCAUUCAGGGACGAACUCGAACAUUCGAUCUACCAGAAAAAGCGCUGGUGCAGACGCGUGUCGUCCUGAUUCGACCACCUCGGGAACGGACAGCUUGACUCGUACGCAUCGUGAAGAAAAUCACCACAUAACCGACAAGCUUUGCAGAACAAUUCUCAAUUUCAACAUCGCGAAGCAAGCCCAGAACAUUGGCCAGAGAAAAACAGGGAGUCGCAAGGUCGACUUGCCGUACUUUGAGAGCUGCAAAUUGAAAAACCAGUACAGGACGCUGGGCCGAAGGAGUAAAAGCAGAAGUGCGGAGUUGUUAUCAGACGAAGUUAUUGAUCUGAAACAUAUGUGA